AUGUUUCUACGAUUAUUCUGGAUUGUUGGUAUCAUGGGAAUUGGCCAAUGUAUUGUAAUGACUUUUCUAUGCAUGUUUUGUACUUUCUUAACAUGUAUCAGUUUAAGUGCUAUUGCAACAAAUGGUGUUAUUGAAGCUGGUGGUACAUAUUAUAUGAUUUCACGAAAUUUAGGACCUGAAUUUGGUACAGCUGUUGGUAUAUUAUUUUAUUUGGGUAAUGCAUGUGCAUGUGCAAUGUAUAUUGUUGCAGCAGUUGAAGUAUUUCUUCUAUACAUAGCACCAAAUAUAACAAUUGGUGGUCAAGAGGUUCAUGAUGAUACCGGCUUAACUGGAAUGAUGUCUAAUAACUAUCGUGUAUAUGGUACUAUCAUUUUGUUACUUAUAUUUAUUGUUGUUGCACUUGGUGUUCGAUUUGUACAAUUCUUUGCACCAAUUUCAUUAAUUUGUGUGCUAAUUUCGAUAUUAGCAAUUUUUGCUGGUAUUAUCGAAAAAAGUAUCAUAUCAAGCAAUCAUCGAGUAUGUUACCUGGAUAACCUUUUAUUACAUGCUAAUGCAUAUGCAUCCAUUAAUAUUACCAACGAUGAUCUAUGCUCCUAUUGUAAUUUUAAUAAUCCAAAACUUAUCGAUAUCAUUUGUCAUAAUAGUUCAUCAUUAGAUUCAUGUGGUAAUCAUACAUUAACAUGCGAAAAAGCUUUUCCUGGUAUUCAAAGUGGUGUUUUUCUUGCAAAUUUACCUAGCCAUUAUAUGAAAGCAGGUGAAGUAGCACCAAAGCAAUAUAUUAGUGAUAAAAAAUUGGAAAUCUUUCAGGAUGUUACAACGACAUUUUUUGUCGUAAUGGCAAUUUAUUUCCCAAGUGUUACCGGUAUUAUGACUGGUGCUAAUAUGAGCGGUGAUUUAAAAGAUCCACAAAAAAGUAUCCCUCAAGGAACAAUUGCUGCACAACUAACAACAUCAAUCAUAUACAUUCUUCUUAUCUUAGCAUUUGGAUCAACAAUUGCUGGUAAAUGGAUUUUUUUUUUUAAAUUUUAUUUUUAA